AUGGAUCCAAGCCCGGCGUGUCGCCGUGCAGCCGCGGCCGUGGCACUGCUGCUGCUAGUCGCCGCCUUUCCGGCGGCGGUCGACGCCGCCGCCGGCUGGGAGGAGGCGCACGCCACGUUCUACGGCGACGAGACCGGAGCCGAAACCAUGCAGGGCGCGUGCGGGUACGGCAACCUGUUCGAGCAGGGCUACGGGCUGGACACGACGGCGCUGAGCGUGGCGCUCUUCGACGAGGGCCGGUCCUGCGGCGCCUGCUACGAGCUGCGGUGCCACGGCAGCGCCUACUGCGCGCCCGGCGGCGCGCCGGUGACCGUGACGGCGACCAACGCGUGCCCGGCCAACUACUCCAAGCCCAACGAGAACUGGUGCAACCCGCCGCUGCGCCACUUCGACCUGUCCAAGCCCGUCUUCCUCCGCCUCGUCACCGACUUCCACGUCGGCAUCAUCCCCGUGCAGUACCGCCGCGCGCCCUGCGCCAGGCGCGGCGGCGUGCGCUUCGAGAUGAAGGGCAACCGCUGGUGGGUCGCCGUGCUCGUCUUCAACGUCGCCGGCGGCGGGGACGUCAAGGCCAUCGCCGUGAGGGGGUCCCGGGAUGGACGGUGGGCGGACAUGUCGCGCAACUGGGGCCAGAUCUGGGACGGCGACGCGCGGCUCGUCGGGCAGGGACUGUCGUUCCGGGUGACCAGCGGCGACGGCCGCUCCAUCGUCUUCGACGACGUCGUGCCGCCGACGUGGACGGCCGGUCAGAGCUUCGAGGGAAAGCACCAGUUCUGA